GGUGACGCGCGGGGAGAGGGUAGCAACAGUUGCCUCGAGACCCGGCGCGAGGCGCCAUAGUGACCGUAGCCCUGGAGACUGUUCCUUGCCAACGGGAGCGGCGCGCAGCCCCGGCGGCCGGAGCGCAGCGCGACCCGCUGAACCCGGCGGGGAGGGCAGAUAUGAAAGCCUCCUGACUGCCCAGCAAUCUCCAGAAGUUCUCUUGGGCAGCACUGUUUUCCAUGGCUAUAGCAAAACUUUUCUGAAGUCAAGAUUUAGCUAGCUCAUAGAAAGGAUGCAAGGACUUUCAAGCACUUCUUGUCAGGGCUUUGCCAGUCUGAAAACCUGGAGCUGUGGAACUUUUCCUUAAGAACAGAUGCUGUCUGGGGCUGUCACAGCCCUAACUGCUCCUCUGAAUCCAGCUCCUUCUAAACGCUGAGCAGAAAGGAUCUUCCACAGCUCCCAGAGCAGCUAAAAGGGAGUAAGGAAAUACUGUGGCUCUCCAAAGUUGAGCUGGUAUCACAUUUUCUGGAUAUAUAAUAUUUUGGCUCCAUGCCAGCUAAACCUGAAAAAAGUUCCAGAAAGCAAAUAACUAUUUUAAAUUGUAAACCUUCCCUUCAAAGUAUGCAGAAAAUGUACAAAAUCAACCAAACAGGAAAAAAAGCAGAAACUUGGACUUGAAUUUCAAUCCAGCAAGUCAAUGCUAUGGCAGUGAGCAUGCAGAGUUCAGAGGGUGGAUCAGACUCAGCAGCUUCCGUGACACUUCAUCCUUCUGCAUCAGCCCAAGCUCCAGUGGUGCAGCCAGUGCCAGCCUCACAGCAGAGGGUUUUGGUGCAAGCAGCAGGCUCUGCUCCCAAAGGAGCGCAGAUGCAGCAGAUCUCUGUUCCCAGAGUUCAGCAGGUUCCACAACAGGUGCAAUCCGUGCAGCACGUCUAUCCAUCCCAGGUCCAGUAUGUGGAAGGAGAAGCUGUCUAUACCAAUGGAACCAUACGAGCCGCCUACUCCUACAACACCGAAGCUCAGAUUUACGCCCCUAGCAGUGCAGCUUCCUAUUUCGAACCGCAGGGAGGUGGAGCUCAGGUGACUACAGCGGCAUCCUCUCCUACAGCCAUUCCCUCUCACAACAUGGUGGGCAUCACCAUGGACAUUGGGGGAAGUCCGAUCCUCUCCAGCUCGGGAGCCUAUCUCAUUCAUGGGGGGAUGGAAAACACUAGACAUUCUCUGUCACAUACUUCACGCUCCUCUCCAGCAACGCUUGAAAUGGCGAUUGAAAACCUACAAAAAAAUGAAGGGAUUACAUCACACAAAAGCAGUUUGCUCAACAGCCAUCUCCAGUGGUUGUUGGACAACUACGAGACAGCGGAAGGUGUGAGCCUGCCCCGGAGUUCUCUCUACAACCACUACCUGAGGCACUGCCAGGAGCACAAGCUGGACCCAGUGAAUGCUGCUUCCUUUGGAAAACUGAUCCGGUCGGUGUUCAUGGGGCUGAGGACUCGCCGCCUGGGAACCAGGGGAAACUCCAAAUACCAUUACUAUGGGAUCCGGCUGAAGCCAGAGUCUCCACUGAACCGCUUGCAGGAGGACACGCAGUACAUGGCCAUGAGGCAGCAGCCCAUCCAUCAGAAGCAAAGGUACAGACCAGCUCAGAAGAUGGAUGGCGUGGCAGAAGCUGGCUCCAACAGCAGCCUGCACACGACCCCUGAGCAAUCAGUUGCUGCUCAAAGUCAGCACCAUCAGCAGUUCAUAGAUGUAACCCACGUCUUUCCCGAGUUCCCAGCCCCUGAUCUAGGUAAUGUUCUCUUACAAGAAGGAGUCACCAUGAAUGAUGUGAAAACUCUUCAGCUUCUUUACAGGAGACACUGCGAGGCAACUUUGGAUGUUGUAAUGAACCUUCAGUUUCAUUAUAUUGAGAAACUGUGGCAGUCCUUCUGGAGUCCUAAAACACCACCUAGUGAUGGCUCUGCUGCCCUGCCAUCCAGUGAAGAAGAACAUGAAGGGACCCUCCCAAAAGACAAGCUGAUCACUCUGUGUAAAUACGAACCCAUCCUCAAGUGGAUGAGAAGCUGUGACCACAUCCUGUACCAGGCUCUGGUGGAGAUUCUCAUCCCCGAUGUGCUGCGACCGGUGCCCAGCACACUUACACAGGCGAUUCGUAAUUUUGCCAAGAGUUUGGAAGGGUGGCUGAUGAAUGCAAUGAGUGAAUUUCCCCCCCAGAUUGUCCAGACAAAGGUUGGAGUAGUGAGUGCCUUUGCACAGACGUUGCGGAGAUACACAUCCCUUAACCACCUGGCUCAGGCUGCUCGUGCUGUGCUGCAGAACACUUCCCAGAUAAACCAGAUGCUCAGUGAUCUCAAUCGGGUUGACUUUGCCAACGUGCAGGAGCAAGCCUCAUGGGUGUGCCAGUGUGAGGAAGGCAUGGUGCAGAAGCUGGAGCAGGAUUUCAAGCUCACACUGCAGCAGCAGAGCUCCCUGGACCAGUGGGCCAGUUGGCUGGAUAAUGUUGUUACUCAAGUCCUGAAGCAUCACGAGGGCAGUCCCAGCUUCCCCAAGGCAGCCAGGCAGUUCCUGUUGAAAUGGUCUUUCUACAGCUCCAUGGUGAUCCGUGACCUCACCUUGCGCAGCGCUGCCAGCUUUGGUUCCUUCCACCUGAUUCGCCUGCUGUAUGAUGAAUACAUGUUUUAUCUGGUAGAGCAUCGUGUUGCCCAGGCAACAGGGGAGACGCCAAUUGCUGUAAUGGGAGAGUUUGGUGACCUCACAUCCAUGUCCCCAACACUGCUGGACAAAGACCACAUCAGUGACCUGGGCAGUGAAGUAGACACGGAUUCCCGGAGCGUGGGGGAGCCACUUGUGAAGCGAGAACGCAGCGACACCGGGCACUCACUGCAGGAGAUCUGACAGGGGGAUGUGGCUGUUCUCCAGCUGGAUGGAGACAUCUGGAGCCAGGUUUGGCAGCCCUCGAGCCUGAGUCUCCCCACAUCUGUGCUAUUAGUGCCUCUUAGUUUCUCUCUCUGUUUACUGCUGUUUGAGGAAGGGCUGCGGGCGGUGAUCCCGGAUGGGGGGCAGUAGGAGGUUCUGCCUGCCCCCAGCUCUCUGCUAGCAGCUGAGUGGAGGGUGAAGGACAAAGUCUGCUAAAGAGAGGUUGAAGCGUCUUUGGACUGACUGUGCCUGGCAGGAGAGGCUGUGCCCCACUGAAUGACGGGGCAAAUGAGGCUUUCUCUUACAGGGAAGGUAAUUUGGAUUUCUUCCCCACUUCUCAGACUUCACUGUGAUACAAACUUGAACCAAUCAGUGCCCAAGAGGAAGGAAAAAUGCCUGACCCUUCUCCUACAGCCUUUCGAGACACACUGUCCUGGCUCUGACUUGCCAAAUCACUUGUGCUGGGCGUGUGGUACUGUGCACCUCUUGAACCUGUCUGGGGCUGUGCUCUGAGCUGGUCCCCCCGAGUGGCACACAUACAUGCCCUGGGACUUGGGAUGAGCCCUCCCUGUUGCGCUCACGUCCUGCCAGCUAUGUGUUCCAUCUGCGAGCGAUCCUGGGAUGCUGUUAAACCAACCCAAGAUACCAAAGGACUCCGAGGACGCAACAGCUGGACACCAAGCUGGCUCUGAUGCCCAUGUCUGUGGGAUGGGACGUUUCCAUUCUCUCCAGGGUACCCACACAGAGGGCAUGAUCUCACACCCUGGGUUUCCAGCAGGUUUCCAGUAGAAUUCCAGGUUGAUUCUAGAAUUCCAGGUUUCCAGCAGAAUUCCAGUAGAAUUCUAGCUUGAUGUCCUGCUAAAAUACCACCGUGGACCUACACAAGGUGUAUGCAGAGAUGGGGGAGGGUGUGCGACCGCAGUGCCUUAGGACAGGCUGGCAGGCCUGCUUCUGCGGUGCUCCACUCCUGCUCCAACCCUGGCCCUGCAGCUGGGAGGGGCUCCCUGUGGCCGUGGCUGGCACCAUGCUCAGCACUGCAGGGACAUUUCCCUGCUGUGCCAUCACUGUGGGGCUGAGCCAAGGCAGCUCUGCGCGGCUGCAGGCAGUGGGGGGUCUGUUGUCAAGCCAACUGCAAAAAGCAAACCCCAAGGCAAAUCUUUCUGUGAAUAAAGGCUGUGUCAUAAAUAGCUUUUAUUAUAAUUAUUUCUAAUGAUGUUUUAUAUGGUAUGUUUGAUGUGAGCUUUUCCAGGGGCCUCGUGUACAUUUGCAUAUCAGAGUAUAUUCUAUCCAAAUAUAAUAUUUACUUAUUCAGAGUGUGGUACUAAGGUAGCUGUGACACUUGAAAAGAAAUGGAAAGUAAAAAGAAAGCGUGUACAGUGUACAUCUUUCCCUCUUACUGUUCCGUGCUGGUGUCUGUCAGGGUGAUGUCUGUCUGUAAAUGUCUCGUAUCACAGUAGGAAGAGACAAAUGAGAAGGCUGGAUUUACCUGUAAAUAAUGACAAUGAUUACUCCCUGGGUCAGUAUCUGCCCCUCACAUCCUGCUAAUAAGAGAUGAUGGUCAAAAAACAACCGAGCAACCAAGUCUUAAAUUCCCCUGCUCCCACAGAGCAUGAUGCUGACUUCAGCUGCUGCAUUGGCUCUAUGGACCAGACCCAACCACCUCCUGCUCCCCAUGGCCGGCUGAGAUGCUCUGGAGCUGUGCAGCACCAUAAGAGGAGUCUGGAUCACCCCCUCCAAAUCCAUAUGCACAAAAUUCCCAGCUAAACCCGAAUAGCAAUAAAUGUAUAUCAAAUGCUCA